AUGCCAUCUGCUCUUUCCAUUCACUUAGAUGGCCAGCCAAUCAAAAGCCGUUUCCGUCGUAGAAGUUGUUUGUGUCACAGCAACUGCGGUAAUGGAUCAAGCAACAAAGUUGAUGCUGCUGCUGAUGUUGAUGGUGAUGAUGAUAGUGAUUCUGCUGUUAAUAGUUGUGGUGGUUGUAGUGAUGCUGCUGCUGAUAAUGAUAGCGAUCGUGGUGGUAGUACUGCUGCUGGUGAUGAUGAUAGGGAUGCUGCUGCUAAUAGUGGUGUUGCUGGUGCUGCUGUUAAUAUUAGUGGUUGGAGAGGUGGUGGUGGUGUUGCUGUUGAUGAUGAUGAUGAGGUGGAGGAUAAUGAUGAUAGUGUUGCUACUGUUGAUGAUGAUGAUAAUAGUUGUGUUGGAGGCACUACUGCUGAUGACGAUGCUGGUGCUGCUUCUGCUAUUGCUGCUGAUGUAGAUGAUAGUGGUGAUGGUCUAUUAUGCUAUUUUAUAGCAUAG